AUCCAACCAAUCACCAUCCACCUGCAACGCUAUCAGGCCUCGAGCUAUUCUUGCAGAAUUAAAAUAAAAAAAAAGAUUUAAAGGAAGGGUAAGUGAAGAGGUUUGAAGAAGGCUGCAGUCAAAGCCAGAACGGUUUUCAGAAAAAAAUGUCUCUGCAGGCUGAAUUUGAGAAGGUGGCAGAGGAUGUGAAGAAGGUGAAGUCCAGGCCAGAGGAUGAGGAACUGCUGGAGCUGUAUGGGCUCUACAAACAAGCCACUGUCGGAGACAUUAAUAUAGACCGCCCUGGAAUGUUAGACAUGAAGGGUAAAGCUAAAUGGGAUGCCUGGGACGAAAGAAAAGGAAUGUCAAAGGAUGAUGCCAUGGCAGCCUAUAUUGCUAAAGCAAAGGAGGUCAUUGACAAGUACGGGCUGUAAAGAAAAGUAUAACCACUGAAGUAGUAUAUAAUGCACCUGUUUAAUUUGCAAGUGUAGGCUACCCUGUAGUACUGGGGGUAUUUCUUCUAAUCAUGGUUCAACAAUGGAGUUUGUUUCAAACACACUGUUCAUUUUAAAACCUUUCAGAAAUGUACUAAACAUAAAUAAAACUUUUUUUUUUAAAGUUGU